AUGGCUGGCCCCUCGCUCUUCAGGCUGCGGGUGGUCCACCUGGACCUCAAAGGUGCACCGCCAAGGGUCUCGUACCUCUCGGAGGUCUUCCCUCUGCUCCGCACGCUGGGUGCAGACGCCCUCCUCAUUGAGUAUGAAGACAUGUUUCCCUACGACGGCCACUUGAAGCUGCUCAGGGCCAAGCAUGCGUACAGCCCCUCAGAGAUCAGAGAAAUCCAGCACCUGGCCAGACAGAAUGACCUAGAGGUGAUCCCUUUAGUGCAGACCUUCGGGCACAUGGAGUUUGUGCUGAAGCACCCAGUGUUUGCGCACCUCAGAGAAGUGGCUCUCUUCCCCAACACACUGAACCCCCACAAGGCAGAGUCGCUGGCACUGGUAGGAGCCAUGGUGGACCAAGUGAUGGAGCUGCACGGUGAAGCCCGGAGGCUCCACAUUGGCUGUGAUGAGGUCUACUUUCUUGGCGAAGGGGAGACCUCUCGGCUGUGGCUGAGCCAGGAGUCGAACACCAAAGCUAAGCUGUGUCUGUCCCAUGUGAGGGCCGUGGCCAGUCAUGUGCUUGCCCGACACCCCACCCUCAGGCUGCUGGUAUGGGAUGACAUGCUGCGUGACAUGCCAGAAGAUCUUCUCCAAGAGUCGGGCGUGCCGGAGCUGGUGGAGCCAGUGCUCUGGGACUACGGAGCUGACGUGGAUAUCCAUGGCAAGGUGGCCCUCAUGGAGAAAUUCCAGAAGUGUGGCUUUACCCGGCUGUGGGCAGCCAGUGCCUUCAAGGGAGCCACAGGCCCACAGCAGGCACUCACGCCCAUCCAGCACCACCUGCACAACCACCUGCAGUGGAUGCAGGCCGCGCAGGCCGGGCCAGCAGGGGCGCUGCAGGGCAUCGUGCUGACCGGCUGGCAGAGGUACGAUCACUUCGCGGUCCUGUGUGAGCUGCUGCCUGUGGGGAUCCCCUCGCUGGCCAUCUGUCUGCAGUCAGUACAGCAAGGAGGUUUCACCGAGGCGGCCAAAGACGAGGUGGAGAGCUGUCUUGGAGUGGCGAGCCUGGACGUAACAGACUUCUCGAGGGAGGGCACCGGCUCCUUCCCGGGCAGCGAUGUCCUUGCCCUCGUCACGCAAGUCAGCGUCCACCUGCGGAGCUCUGUGGAGGGCCUACUGGAUGGGAACAGGUAUGUGGCCGGCUGGUUCAGCCCCUACCACCGCAGGCAGAAGGUCAUCCAUCCUGUCAUGCUGCAGUACAUCCAGCCCGAGGCACUCAGCCUCCUAGCCCACUGGGGUGUCCUGGUGCUGGAACUGGAGACUGCCAUGAAGCGUAUUUUCUACCCGGAUGCUGUGGAGGAGUGGCUGGAGGAGAACGUGCAGCCUAGCCUGCGGCGACUGAAGAGCCUUGUGCAGGACCUGAGAGAGGCCGCUGGGCAACCUGAGGAUGGAGCAGGGCCUUGUGGACAUGUGCAAGAAGGGUCCUGA